AUGGAAGUCUUUCUGCUGCCAUUUUUACGGAUUUUUAUUUUUCUCCGAAUUUUUUCAGUCAUUCUUUCUUUCUCUUUAUCCCAAACCCUUUACUUUCAUGAACUUCUGUCCUUCAAUUAUUCUUUCUUAAGCCCAUUUUAUCACGAACUUCUAAUUUUAACUGCUAAUUUUCUUCUUUUUUUCUUUUUCUUUCAUUCUUUCUGUCUUUCUUUCUUUCUCUUGCAGUCGGUAGAUCAUAUGACACGUUUGGAUUUGCGGAAAGGAAAAAUAUAUUUUCUUUUUUUCCUUCUGUCCUUUCAUACUUCUUUUUUUUUUCUUUGUUUUUGCAUGCUUGCUUCCUUGCUUUCUUUCUUGUAUUGCAUUUCUUUCUAUCUUUCUUUUUUCUUUAUUUCGUGCUUGCUUUUUGUCUGCUUGCAUUGUUGCUUUCUUUCAUCCUUCUCUUAUAUCGUUCUGUCUUUCUUUUAUCAUUCCAUUGUACCUUUCUUUCUUUGCUUCUUAAACUUUCGCUUUUCUUUCUACUUAUCCAUUCUUUCUUUCUUUCUUUCUUUCUUUCUUUCUUUCUUUCUUUAUUGCAGCAUUUUACUUACAUUCUUUUUUUUUUUCCUGCUAAUUCUUAAUUUCUUCAUUUCCCACUCUCAGCUUCCAUUUAUCAAAGAAUGUUUCUUCACAAAGUUCUUCUAA